UUGACUGACGUGAGAUCUACAUGUGAAAAAUCGUACUAGAGAAUUUCGUUUAGUUGUCUAGUUGAAGAAUAGUGAAGUUUUUCAUGGUGUUUUUGUGGAAAACAUUAAAUCAUGUCCGGAAAAUCUUUUCCCGUCGAAAAACUAGUGCGGGUCGGAUAUUAUGAGCUGGACAAAACGAUAGGCAAGGGAAACUUCGCUGUGGUGAAGCUAGCAACACACAUCGUCACUCGUACAAAGGUGGCUAUAAAAAUAAUAGAUAAGACUGUCCUAGAUGAAGAAAACCUAACUAAGAUAUUUCGAGAGACUGCUAUUUUAAAGAAACUUCGACACCCCCAUGUCACCAGGCUUUAUCAGUUGAUGGAAACCAAACAAACCAUUUAUUUGGUUACAGAAUAUGCCAGUAAUGGUGAAAUUUUUGAUCAUUUGGUCGCCAAAGGGCGCAUGUCAGAGCCGGAGGCGAAACGGGUAUUUAGCCAGAUUUUGGCUGCAGUAAGCUAUUGUCACUCACAGGGGGUCGUGCAUAGAGAUUUAAAGGCUGAAAAUUUGCUGUUAGAUCACAACUUUAACAUUAAACUUGCAGAUUUUGGAUUCAGUAACCAGUUUACUGAAGGAAAUUUACUUACGACGUUUUGCGGUUCGCCUCCUUAUGCAGCUCCUGAACUAUUUCAGGGGCUUAAAUAUGAUGGGCCAAAAGCAGACAUAUGGAGUUUGGGAGUAGUAGUAUACGUUUUAGUAUGCGGUUCCUUGCCUUUUGACGGUCACACUUUACCAGCACUGCGAAAUGUUGUAAUAGAAGGAAAAUUUAGGAUACCGUUUUUUAUGUCACAAGACUGUGAGCACUUAAUUAGGCAUAUGCUAGUUGUGGAUCCCGAGAAACGCCUAACCAUACCACAAAUAUUAAAACACAAAUGGUUGACGGACUCGGAGCCACCUCUUCAAUUAGACGAUGAGGAGGACCAACGGCUAAAUAAUACCGUUAUAGAUCACAUGCUUCACCUUCCGGGGUUAGAUAGGGCUGCAAUACAAAAAUCGUUAGAAGAUAAUUCGUUUGAUCACAUUUACGCCAUAUAUCACUUGCUGCUCGACAAACUGAAAAGAAGAACAAUGAAUUUCCAGAGUAAGGUGGCCAGACAUAGGAGAAACACUGUUACACAAGAGCAAAUGAAGGCGCCAGAAGAUUCUGAUUGUUAUUUACAACCUCGAAAUCCCAAAUAUACAGAGCGCAGCGAGUCAUUUAACGAGCAACAGCUUAUUAUGCAAUUGGGAGUUAGUACGGCCACGACCCCAUUAUCCGUUGAUGAUCGACUCUCAUUCCAACCCGAAGAUCAAUCCGGUCAAAAUAACUGGAGGCGCGAAAGCUUCAAUGAGUCCUAUCUUCGCAACGAUCCUGCUUCAACCGGAUUUAACUGGCGACGCGAAAGUUUUAACGAAAAUUACCUUCGCGGAGACGUUCAGGGAGGUGGAGGAGGAAAUGCUCCGAUGAAUCAAGAUUCUGAAAGGAGAAGAUCAUUACAGGAAGGAGAAGAAGCUGGUUCGCCGUUUGUUUCUAUGCCGGCCAUUCCUGCCGUGUAUUUGGCUGCGGAUGGGGAGGCACAACCGCUGGAAAAGUUUGGUGAAAUGGAUUUGGAUCAGAGCGACGACACUUGCUCGUUAGCUAUUCCGUCAUAUUCCACUGGAUAUAGUAGUUGUUCUUCAAGUGGUGAUCGGUAUUUGACUAUAAGAAGGCAUACAGUGGGUCCAGGUGAUCCGGCUCAUGAACAGGUUCUGGAAAACCAUUAUUUGGGUCAAAUGGCGCCCCAAGAUCCAAACGCCACCAAAAUGUUGCCCAGUACAAAUCUUCACUUGCCCAUGUUGGGACAGCAGAAUCCGCAUUACUUUGGCGGUAAAGAUCCACAUUUAUUGAAACCUCCAACUGUCUUAAGCGUGGGCGGAUUUGGUAGAAGAGCUUCAGAUGGUGGUGCUAAUUUACACAUGAGUUGGGGUGCACCCGGAUCCCACGAGCAGCUGUCGAUGAUGUCGACCAGUUCUAGUGGCAACCCGAGCAGUUUAAGCAGCGGCACCGGCACUCAACCUUUGGAUCCCAGUCAGCAAUUUGAUGACUUAGCUACUAGGUACCUGCAAGGCCGAGGACAUACUAAACGCCAUACAAUGGCGAACCCCGAAGACGUACAUUCCUUGCAAUCUGGAUCGGGUUCGGGAAGCCGGACCCGUAGAACAGGGUUGCUUACUGUGAUGGAACGACCACCCGUAAUCCCACCCGAACUCGUGAUGGAGGUCGAGGCGCGCAUGAACCGUAAUUAUAUGCCCUCUAUUCUGCCACAGCGUAAGCCUAGCAGACAUGUCAGGCCGCAGUUGCCGACUGUGCAGGAGUUAGGUCGUGAACAAAAAUCUGAAAGAUUUUCACCCGUGAGACGCGGCAGUGAAGGAUCAGCGGGUCCCUUGCGAACCUUAAGCCCUUCUACACCGCAACAAGAAUGCCAGAGAUUGCAGAGAGGCCUUCAAAACAGGUCGAGUCCACCAAGAUCCAUUCCAAACUCCCCAAUCCACCAAAUAUCCUCCGGACACCAGAUAAAUUCGGAGAGCGCAUCACCUAUUCACCAGUUUUACGGUGGUGGCACUCAAGAUCAGGCAAAUUUGCAAGAUUAUUCAAAAUAUGCGGGUAUACGAGAUCCAACCUUGGGUUUGCCGCCUGAAACUUUUGUACCUGGGGCUUUAGGGGGAUACGACAGGAGCGCCUUGCAUGGGCCUACAAAUUAUGGUGGACCGACUACGCAGUCCUAUACCCAGGUUGGUGGCUUAGGAAUGUUUAGCAAUGUACCACCAUUGAUGAAUCCCCUGUUAAGUCCAUCUGCCUCUUCAGGGUUCGGUAGUUAUUCGACGCCUACAGGGGCCGGUAAUAGUGUUUCGUCAAUUACGCAAGGUUUAAGCGGCCUAAACACCGCUGGUAGCGGGUCGAUUAUCCAAGGAACACCAUCGGUCAACCUGCAAAUGGGAGCUCCGAUGGACGAUGGUAAAAUGGACACCCAUUCGAUUCCUUCGUAUAUGACGUCGAGUCAGCCCUUCAUUCAUCAGGUGCCUCAUCACAUGCACGUGUUAAAUGUUCACAGCCACAGGAGCCUUACAAACUCUCCGAUAAGCAAUCCGGGUAGUCCCGGCUUGGAUAUGAUUCAGGAAGAGGCGUCGCAACAGUUGGCUCCUUUUCAGGCGAAGGCCGAUGGUCCCAGCCAUCCGCAGAUCUCAGUUACUGAUGUGUUGGGAAGCGAGGUGACUUUGGUAGCAGGCUCCGAUACGUCCGAAGACUCGAUGGAUAGCCUGGACAAUCCAAAAAUCUCGAAAAUCCCAUCAUUCAUCAUAUCCGAACCAUCAGAGAACACCCCGAGCAUAACCCGGGGUAUCGGCCGAAAAACCAGCCAAGAAAACGAGCCGAGACAGUCGGCUGAAGAGUCUCAACAACCGCAACAUUCCGACGAGUUUUUUCUGAGGCGUAACUCGGACAAAAGCUCGUGCUAUUCGGACGAUUCCCUGUCCAAUGAUAGUUUGAGUAUAGGGAAUCAAAGUCCGAGCAGUAGUUCCAAUACGCAGUCGAGCCACGCGUUUGACAGCGAUUUUAGGAGUAGAGCAAUCGAUACGGUGCAAUUAAAUAGGGAACUUAGUAAUGCCGGUGGUCAAGCGGAGAACUUUCAGAUUUUUCAAAACCUGAAACUAAACCUCAACGAACCGUUAAAAUAUCCGAACAGUUCCGAUUGCCACGGGAGCCUGCAUCACUCGAACCUGCACAAAAAUUCGGGUUCGUUCGAGUUCGAAUUGAGCGACGUGUGCUCGAAACUCCACGCCAACGAUAUCCUAGAGCUGGUAAAGAAAACUAUUAACGACCAGAUACCUCCUAAGCAGUUAGUAAGUUCCAAUGAUGUAAGUGAUAGGUUAUCUCUAGAGUAUGAGGGGGGUAUUCAGAUCGAGCUGAAAAUCGUCGACAAGCCAAGGGACUCGAAGGGCUUAAAAAUGCGACGCAUUUCCGGCGAUCAUCUCGUUUAUAAUCAACUUUGCCAGCAGUUGAUAUCGUGUAUGACUGUUUCCUAGCAUUUAAAGAACCUAUUUUAGUUCCAUUUAUUUAAGUAGAAUGAGUUAGAACGUGGUUAUUUUUAAGGUGGUGCAACAUUCAAUAAGAAUCAGGUAUAAUGACUAGAUUUGGCUGACUGUUUAAUAUAACUAUUGCUUGAGCUUUUUGAACAUAAUUGGCGCCUAAACAUAUUUUUUAAUAUCUAAAGAUUUUCAUUUUACUAAAUUAAAAUAUGUUGAUCAAUAGUUAUUUUUUGUGAUGCAGUUCUUGUUAAACAAAAUACUUAGAUAUGUUCAAAUAUUUUCCUAAAAAGCAUAGACUCGGGUCAUAGAAGAGAAUUGAGAUAAAAAUUACCUUUUUCUAGCGAGAGAUAACAUAAUGUCUUUUUUUUUUCAAUUUUUUAUUGAGGGAAGAUCAUUGAACCUUUUGUUGAUUUACUUAAGCAACAAACAAAACUUCCCACUUUUUAUUUAAGUGGAUAUUAGAAACUUUGUAACCUACUAAAAGUAUAUAUAUAUUCUGAACUGAUUAUUUCUUAUUUUCACUCUUCACAUUUUUGGUCUGAUGCCUAAAGUCGCAUCUGACCACAGUGUGUGUCUAAUACUUUAAUUAAAUUACGUUAAGAUAGGAGCGUAACUUUAGGUAAUUUAAAUUAACGAAUACCGUGUUAAGAACGGGCAAUAAAGCUUAUUUGCUAGAUAAUAAAAAAAAAAUUCUAAAUACACUUUAUAGUACUGAAGAAGACGUUCGAAGAAAAUAUAAAUGUUAUCUGAACUUCUCUAGAAUUUUUUUCUUCAGGACACGAGAAGGAACAAUAACUAGAUCCUUCUUAAUUCGAUUUAUGACUCUGAAGAAGACGUAAAAAUUAGCAUACAAGAGUGUAGCAACAUGCUUUAUUACAUGUAUCUAAUCGGCUACUUCAAUGUUAACAGGUUUAUGGACAACGCAAAAUUGAUAAGUGAAAAAUAUCACAGUAAAAAUAAUGGUACAUUACUGCUGGACUAGUAGAAUUUGUGUGUGGUACAAUCUAGAAAAAUUAUCUUUAUUUUAAGUUCUAAAUUUUAUGUAUUAUAGUACAGUGAACUCCGGUUAUAACGUACCCUCUAGGGUGAAUAAAAUUAUUACUUUAUAACCGGAGGUACGCUAUAAAAGAAACCCAUAGAAAUAAAUAUGUAAAGAUUUAUUUGUAUUAAUUAAAGGACUAAAUUAACAAAAAAUACAUUCUAAGUAUUAAAUACAAAAAAAGAUAUAAUAUUAAUAUGUAAAAUAUAACAUUGAAAUAGGAUACAUAUACAUAUGUAAUCAAAAUAAAUCUGUACUAUUUAUUAGUUACGAUUGUUCAAAAAAAUAACGUGUUAUUUUUGUUUGCUGAUUUUUUUUUACACAAUUUGAAAUUCUCGAUGUGCUUCUCAACUUUUAACGAGGCUUGUAAAAUUGUAUCAUCAGAUCCGUAAUCAGUAUAUUGUAAGAAAUUCGUAACAGUUUUAAUUGCACAAAGUGCUUCACAAUAACUUGGAAUGGGCUCGUUCACUGGUCCAUCAUCAUCGCCGCUUUUGUUAUCGGAACAUACAUCAUUCGUUGAACAGUUUGAUUCUAUAAGUUCGGCAAUAAUGUCGCAAUCCGUUAAGGUCUCUGUUGCUACCAGAUGGUCGUCGAUGGUCGUAAAAUUAUCUAGUUCAGGAAGAUAUUUUUCUACAGUAGUUACGUCUUGGUAGUGAUUUUGCAACCAAUAACUUAGCGGAAUAUCGCAGUCAUUAUCAUCAUCAACACUUUUAUAUUUCUCGUACCACUGAUUCAGAGGCAAGUCAUCAUCUGAAUCAAACUCCUCGAUCGAUUUCACUAGAGCAGCAGUCGAAAGCAGUUUUGAAUCGUUUUUUGUGAAACCUCAUUCCAAGAUUUCGCAAUUAUUUUUAUCGAGUCUAGAAUUGUUAGAUUGAACGUUUCCUCACUAUCCAAUGCUUGAAUUAGGCGAUACAUAAAAUAUCUAUGGUAAUAGGUUUUCAGGCAUUUUUUUAUGCCUUGAUCCAUUGGUUGUAUGACAGAAGUGCAAUUGGGAGGCAAAAAUUCUAAUCUGAUAUUUGUCAGAUCUACAUUCUUUGGAUGAGCUGCACAAUGGUCCACUAGAAGCAAUAUUUUUAUUUUUUGACGUCUUAGUUUUUCAUCCCACUCUUUCAAAUAAUUAAUAAAAAUGUUUGAAGUCAUCCAUGCGCGUCUAUUCGAUUUAUAAAUAACAGGCAGGUUUUUAAUAUUUUUCAUGCACCUCGGUGGUUCGUGUUUACCAAUGACAAGAAGUUUACGUUUUUUACUACCUGUCAUAUUUGCACAAACCCAAACGGUGUAUCUUAGCUUUGAUUGUUUGCCUCCCAUACACUUUUCUCCUCUAAAUUUCAGUGUACGGGCUGGAGUCAUCUUGUAAAAUAGUCCGGUCUCAUCCCCAUUAAAAAUGUCUUCACAGCUGUAAUUUUGUGCAAUACCUGGCCAUUUCUCGGUUAACCAGUUCACCACAGCUUCCUUGCUAACAUCUCCUGCUUCACCGGACACUUUGCCGACAUUGAUGUUGUGAAGAACUUUAAAACGCUCGAGCCAACCUGUAGAGCACUUAAAAUCUCCACCGUGUAAUCCCUUAGAUAAAUCUUCUGCUUUUGCUUUUAAAAGUGGUCCACUUAUAGGAAUAUUUUCGGUUCUUCUCACCUCAAACCAUCGAAUAAGAGCUUGAUCCACAUCUGGGCGUACGGGAUUCCUAAUUUUCUUAAUUCUUUGCGAUUUAUUUUCACUUGCUUGCUUGAUUUUUUCACGAUUGCUCCAAAUUGUAGAAACUGUUGUUUUUGCCAUGUUUUUCCUUCUCCGCAAUUUCCGAUUUGUUAAUGCCACUUUCAAUACUUUUAAUGAUGUCUAUUUUUUCUUUCAAAUUUAUAGCUCUGCGCUUAUCAGUCAUUUUACCAAAAAAACUACUAAAACUCGCACAAUAACACGCAAUGUCCAAUCUAAAACUAUUUUUCUUUAAAAUCCAAUAAAUUUGAAAUCUUUGAGGAUGUGGAAAGUGCGGGACGACCGCGUUUCUUCGGUAGAAUUUCGGAAGUUUUCUAUUUUUUUUUUGCUGCGUUUGGUUUCGGCUUUUUGAAGCAGAGUGUCAGCAUUCUCUGGCGAUGUCACAAUGGUGGUUCGCAUCGACUUUCGGCGACGAUCGGACUUAUCCCUGGAGUACUACUUUUGAGAAGAUUUACUUCAUCUCUUCUUUUAAUGCACUAUAAGUCGAUGGACGAUAUGGGUCCAAGAUUGGACCCUUCUGAUUUGGAAAACAUCACGCCUUUGUGUGCUGCUGUCUCUAAGACAUCAUAACGAACCAUUACAAUUCGAUAGUCAUCAGAGUGAUAAUUUUCGUUUUCGGUGCAUUUAUUUUCUCUACUCAAACUAGUUGCUACAAAAUCUUCAGAUGUAAACAACAUUUGGAUCAAAUGGAAAAAUGCCAGUUGCCCGAAAACCCGCUUUUAUAUUCUUGGGCCUGGCAGCCGCAUCAAGACAUUUAUCAGCGAUAGCUAAUAAAUGUCAAUAUUUUUGAUAAUAUUUUGAUGAUAUUUUUCAAACCAGUAUGGCGUUGGUUGUGAUACAUGGAUUUGAAUGGUCCAAAUACGGUUGCAUGCAAUGUGAACAAUGGAGGGGAAACUGAAUCAUCGUUAUACCAUGACCAAUUGCCAGCUUCGGGUUAAUUUGCGGAUGCAUUCGCCGGUUUUAUGAAAUGUGACAUAAAUUUCACGAGUUCUAUGGCAGUCAUCCAUGCAGAUUCAUAGGCAGUACCAAUCGCUCUAGAAAACAUCCGUUAAUUUAUUCACACUGACACAGUUCGAGAAUAUGAUUCUAUAUGUUCGAGAGAUAUAUGGUAUCUUUUUAAAUGGCUUUUCAUUUUUAUUAGUUCAAUGGCUGCUCUCUUUUUCAAGCCAUGGGAUUAAGAAAUUCGUAAAUCUAUCGUACGUCCCAUAAAUAUUAAAGAAACAUUUUUCGACUACAGAUGGACAUAUUAUGCAUAUAUAGAAAUAAAUUUAAAAAAAGAGUCCAAUGGCUUCUCAAGAAAAUUUAUUCACUGGACUCAAGUAAACUAAUUAUACCUUUCAAAGUUAUUUUGAUGUUCAUUGGUUUUCCAAAAUUCUUAUUCAUAGGGUGUUCAUUAUUAAUCCAUUGACAUUUCGACCUAGUUUAUAGCAGUACUGGACUGUCUGGGACGUCCAAUAUAUGCAUCAAUAUGAAGAAACAUUUUUCAUCAAGUAGUACCAGAGUCCAAUCGCGUUUCAAAAAAAAUCAUUCUAUUGGACUCAGUUAAACUAAUUAUACUUAAGUCCACUGGACAAAGAUAAUUUGAAGUCUGUUGGUUUGUACAAGAUUGUUAUCUGUUAUGCUUUACUGUUAUAGCAGUAUUGUCCAUCCACUUGUUAAUGAAAUUAUAUGAAAAUUAAAAUACAAUUUUAAAUACACAACACAUAUUUAAAUAUCGUUUUUGGCUGAGCAGAUAAUUUUUUUAAGAAAUCGAGCAAUAACAUAUUUUAACCAUGUGAAAAAUGCGCCUUUUUCACAAACUGUAUUAAUAUUCAGAAUCUUAAUUUUUCUGUUUCUAUAUAUAUAUACAUUCUAUUAAAUUUGAUAUAUGUAUGUUGCAUCACCUUAACCAUUUAGGUGAAAACUUUACACAGUGGAAUUAACUGAAACAUUUUUUUUAACCUUGCAAAGGGCCGAUUUUUUUGCUUAAAUAUUUAAGACAUUUAUUUUUUAAUCAACUUGUACAGAAAAAUAAUACAUUGCACACUAAAAUGGACUGAUCUUUCAUAUCCGGAAUUUUGCCACUUUAUUUUUUAAAUCGCGUAGUUCGCAAAUUCUGGUUGAAUACCAUUCAGUUGAUUUGCUGACUUUAAAUAGCUGCAAAUCAUAUUUUCUACCAUUUAUUUUAAAAACUUUUAAUAUAUGCCUGAAGAAGCAAUUUUAUUUCUCAGGUUUUUAAAAUAAAUGAAUUUUUCGUUGUGAUCUGCCUUUUAAAAAGGCCCAUAUAUUAUAUUACUUUAUCUUGUGAUAGCGGAUGGAGUUACGAGUGAUAUAACUUCAUUUUAAUGUAAAUAAAUUUAGGAGAAAUUGUAACUAAGUAAGUAAAUAAUAGUUAAGAAUUA